CCGGUCGCUCAGCGCGCACGCGACGUUUUUUUCAUUCGGCGGUUGAGUGAAACUAAAAAGGCAACGAGCCUCCUUGUCUGAAGGCGAACAAACACAUACACAAAGAUGAGUAAGGCACACCCGCCUGAGCUAAAAAAGUUCAUGGACAAGAAGCUUUCACUAAAGUUGAACGGAGGCAGGCACGUGCAAGGCAUCCUGCGAGGAUUCGACCCAUUUAUGAACCUGGUGAUGGAUGACUGUCUGGAAAUGGGACCAAUCGGACAGCAGCAUACCAUCGGCAUGGUGGUCAUCAGAGGUAACAGCAUCAUCAUGUUGGAAGCCUUGGAGAGAGUCUGACAGGAAGAGACAUGGUGUCUGUCCAUUUUUUUUUUUUACUUUGUUAACAAAAGGACUGUUUUUGUGUAAAAUGUUGAAUUUGUGAAUAAAACAUUUUCCUUUGUACUUUGGA